CUAGAUAUGAAAGUGAAGUGUUCAAUCUUAUGUCAUGUAAUUUAUCAGAUCAGGAGAAACAGCUAGGACCGUCAGAGUUUCCUGAUAACAACUAUCCUGUGAUGAGAAAUCUACUGGCCCCUGUAUCUCACUUUGGUAGUGAAAAGCUUGCCUUGCUGUCCUCAUCCAUGCUAAAUCCCAUCUGCAACACAACCUCAACAAAGUACUCUUCUUUUACAGAGUGCACAUCACAAGACAUUUAUGGCAAUCCUCUCCUGUGCCAUCCUUCUCUCAACACGAUUAAUUUAACUCACGAAAAUUUAAUGAAUUCUCAAAUAUUGGUCUCGGACAAGCGUACGUUUGGGCGUAAUAGUUCCACAGAUCAGCUUCUUAAUGAAGGAACGCCUUUUAAAACUGAAUUUCAGUCGGCCAAAUAUGCACCCAACCCUCACACUGAAUGCGUCCAUGAUGCUUUAUACACAGAGAGCAGUGAGUCAACACCUAGCAGUCUCCCAGAUGUGGUUGUAAUAGAUUUGGGAAAAACUGAAAUGGUGAUGGGCAGAGACAAGUCUGGAACUGUGGGAUCAGGCACAAGUAGCUCUGUCUCGCCGAUCACAGAAACAAGUGUUCCCAGUUCACCAACUGGAGAGGAAAGUUUAGUUCUGCCUGUGUCUUACGUGGCUCGUCUACUAGAACCAGUUAUGGUGAAGCCUCCAUCAGUGAGUCAAGUCUCUAAACAAGGUUUUGUAGGUGGUCUCUCCAAUUUGCAACCUGGACAUUUUGGUGGGACUAUAAAGGUAGAUCUGUCCGAACUAGGGAAUUGUAGCUCAUAUCCCAAGGCCAGGACCGACCUAGAGGCUACUGACCAACCUUUUCCGAGUUGUGGAGGGGGAGACAUUUUAGUUUGCCAACAGCAAGAAACCUUUCCAGGAAGUUCAGAAACUGGUUUUGGAGAAAGUGUGCUCGGCCCUGGAG